AUGAGCGACAAUGUAAAGGAGUAUAAUAAGCGACCAAAUACUCAAACAGGUAAUAUGUUAUUAACAUUUGGGAAUAUGGAAAAAGUUUUACUUACGAUAUUGAUCUUCGUCUGCCAUACCCAUCAGAGACCACAGCUCGAAGUAGACGUAUUGACUACGACAGAGCCGACCGAUACUACUACCGAAGAGACCAAGAGCUUGGAAAAAAUUUCACAAGUUACGGAAGCCACUGCGGUGUCGGUUCAAACUUCCGUUAACUUUUCAUCGUUCAGUCCGAGCGUGGUUUUUGAAGACUUUAAGCCCAGCAAUUAUUAUAGGCCCGACGGUAACCCUAUAUUUGAAAGGCCUAGUCCGCAAGUCCCUCACGAAGUUUUCCACAAACCUGAAUACUUUGCAAGGCCCAAUAAUAAAGCAAACCAAUUGCCACCGAAAUCCAGAGACAAUAAUGUAAUUUUCCCCCAAGCGACCCAAGAACAUUACUCCCAAUAUUCACAAUUCGACAACCGAUCUAACGGACCGGAGUCUAGGGGUCCGUAUAAGUUCACCGAAGCCUUACCUCAGCAGCAGUUCAAGCCGAUGAAACACGAUUUCGGCGGGACGCUGCCCACCAGUGCUUACGACAACAACUUCUACGAAAGGCAUUUUGGAAAGUAUCACGGGAACGAGAUGUCGCAAUAUCCAGACAUAAUACACGAACCACCAAAAAUCUAUCACAGCGUCACGACUGCUCACAAAAAAGACCCCUGGAGGAGCAUGCUUAAGGUGUUGGCCACUAUCCUGCCGGUCGGUCUGUUGCUAGCAUCUUUUCCACCGACUGUCAUCAAAGUGAAUUCCACGCAAUACCCCUACCAGUUCCAAAAAAAUUCGACAGUAUACAAUACAAAUGUUAUUGCUGGGAGGUAUAAGGCAUUGAGGAAGAUAAGCACGGAAUGGAAAAUAGACGGAGAAGACAAAUCGACCGGAUAUUUAGACAAUUGUUUGAAAAAGAAAAUAUGCGAAACCAUAAAGAACAACUAUUCACAUAGUCAAUUGGAAACUCUACAGCAAAACUAUAAACUAAAUUGGACCACGGACAAUGGCCCGUCGAUGGUGGAAAUCGCAAAAGCAGCCGCGUCCGCAGAGCCGGAAUCGUGUCAAGUAUUCGUUUGCAGUGAUUGA